AUGACGAUGCGUGUGGCCCUGGAGCAGCUGCUGACAGAGCUGGAUGACUUCCUCAAGAUUCUCGACCAGGAGAACCUGAGCAGCGCGGCCGUGGUGAAGAAAAGCUGCCUGGCCGAGCUCCUCCGGCUUUACACAAAAAGCAGCAGUUCCGAUGAGGAGUACAUCUAUAUGAACAAAGUGACUGUCAACAAGCCACAGAAUGCUGAGUCUCAAGACAAAGCGCCUGAGGAGCAGGGCCCGCUGACCAACGGGGAGCCCGGCCAGCACUCCUCGGCCCCUCAGAAGAGCCUUCCGGACCUCCCGCCGCCCAAGAUCAUUCCAGAGCGGAAACAGCUCGCCAUCCCGAAGAUCGAGUCGCCGGAGGGUUACUACGAAGAGGCUGAGCCUUACGACACAUCCCUCAAUGGUCAUUCUGGCGGAUUUCUCCCCACUGGAGUCCCCAGAUGGGCGCAGGUGCCUGAAGGAGUCAUUUACGCCACAAUCACCUUGGAGGACGGAGAGGCCGUGAGCAGCUCCUACGAGUCCUACGAUGAAGAGGACAGCGGCAAGGGCAGGUCGGCCCCCUACCAGUGGCCCUCCCCGGAGGCCAGCAUCGAGCUGAUGCGCGACGCCCGCAUCUGUGCUUUCCUGUGGCGCAAGAAGUGGCUGGGGCAGUGGGCCAAGCAGCUCUGUGUCAUCAGGGACACCCGACUGCUGUGCUAUAAAUCCUCCAAGGACCACAGCCCUCAGCUGGACGUGAACUUGCUGGGCAGCAGUGUCGUGCACAAGGAGAAGCAAGUGCGGAAGAAGGAGCACAAGCUGAAGAUCACGCCGAUGAACGCCGACGUGAUCGUGCUGGGCCUGCAGAGCAGGGACCAGGCUGAGCAGUGGCUCAGGGUCAUCCAGGAGGUGAGCGGCCUGCCGUCCGAAGGAGCGUCGGAGGGAAACCAGUACACCCCCGAUGCCCAGCGCCUUAACUGUCAGAAACCCGAUAUAGCUGAGAAGUACCUGUCAGCCUCAGAGUAUGGGAGCUCCACGGAUGGCCACCCAGAGGUCCCAGAAACCAAAGACGUCAAGAAGAAAUGUUCAGCUGGCCUCAAACUGAGCCACCUAAUGAACCUGGGGAGGAAGAAGUCCACCUCGCUGGAGCCUCCAGAGAGGUCCCUCGAGACGUCCAGUUACCUGAACGUGCUGGUGAACAGCCAGUGGAAGUCUCGCUGGUGCUCCGUCAGGGACAGUCACCUGCACUUCUACCAGGACCGGAACCGGAGCAAGGUGGCCCAGCAGCCCCUCAGCCUGCUGGGCUGUGAGGUGGUCCCGGACCCGAGCCCUGACCACCUCUAUUCCUUCCGCAUCCUCCACAAGGGCGAGGAGCUGGCCAAGCUCGAGGCCAAGUCUUCCGAGGAAAUGGGCCACUGGCUAGGCCUCCUGCUCUCUGAGUCCGGCUCCAAGACAGACCCAGAAGAGUUCACCUAUGACUACGUGGAUGCCAACAGGAUUUCCUGUAUCGUGAGUGCGGCCAAAAACUCUCUCUUACUCAUGCAGAGAAAGUUCUCAGAGCCCAACACUUACAUCGACGGCCUGCCCAGCCAGGACCGCCAGGAGGAGCUCUACGACGAUGUGGAGCUGUCGGAGCUGACGGUGGCGGCGGAGCCCGCUGAGGAAGCCACCCCUGCUGCAGACGCCCCAGGCGAGAGUGAGCCCGACCGAGUGUACCUGGACCUCACGCCUGUCAAGUCCUUUCUGCACGGACCCGGCGGUGCUCAGGCCCAGGGCUCUUCCCCGCCGGCGCCCCACCCGGACGGUCUGCCCGAGGCCGUCCCUGCAGACCCAGGCCCAGGCCCCACUCCAGAUGAGCCCUGCUUGAAGUCUCCAGAGACCCCGGGGGAACAGAGGCAGCUGGACAGCCCGGAGCCCCAGGAGGCUUCCCCGAGAAACACCACAGUCAAAAUCCAGACUGAACAGCAGAAAAUCUCCUUCCCGUCGAGCUGCCCCGACACCGUGGUGGCCACCCCCGCUGGCGCCAGCCCGCCUGUGAAGGACAGGUUGAGGGUGCCCGCUGCAGAGAUCAAACUCGGCAAGAAUCGGACAGAAGCCGAGGUGAAGCGGUACACAGAGGAGAAGGAGAGGCUCGAGAAGAAGAAGGAAGAAAUCCGGGGGCACCUGGCUCAGCUCCGGAAAGAGAAACGGGAACUCAAAGAGACCCUGUUGAAAUGUACAGACAAGGGGGUCCUGGCCAGCCUGGAGCAGAAGCUGAGGGAGGUAGACGAGGAGUGCCGGGUCGAGGAGAGCAGGCGUGUGGACCUGGAGCUCAACAUCGUGGAGGUGAAGGACAACCUGAAGAAGGCUGAGGCAGGGCCUGUGACGCUGGGCACCACUGUGGACACCACCCACCUGGAGAAUCCUAAAGCUGCCACCCCCACCCCCACCCCGGACUGUACCCCAGUCAACUCUGCAACCACCCUCAAGAACAGGCCUCUCUCAGUCAUGGUCACAGGCAAAGGCACCGUCCUCCAGAAGGCCAAGGAAUGGGAGAAGAAAGGAGCAAGUUAGGAAACCAGCUUCAGCGCAAGACUCUCGUGUCAAUGCGGACCUUGGUGACAAUCCUGUGUCGUUAAAGCAGCAAGUCUGCGAAAGGGUGAGUCUCUUUAGAAGAAAAAGGACUGAGGUACUGUGAAUGGAGAGCUUUGGCUAAGAGGAGGCUCUGUCCCUUUUCAGAGCUAAAGGACACAAUACAACAAAAAAAGGCGGCUUCUUUGGAGACCUAAGUCUAUUGGGUAUAAACAAGACAUUGUUGUAUUUAGG